AUGCAUUCCUUUCCGCUGUAUCGCAGAGUCCACGAGAUUUCGGUGAUCGACGACGAUGGGUGGAUCCCAUUGCUUCACUCCGAAAGAGGCGUGAACAUGGAACUCACCGAAUCCACUCCGAUUUUUUUAUCGAAGGAGGUCUUUGCAGAUCAGCGUCGACAACACUUUAUUCGAAAUCUAUUUCGAUGGUACAUUUCGCAUAUGCCUCCUCCGCUUUCCUCGUCUCUUUUGCUGUCUCACAGCUAUUUCGAGUCUGUUCUCGCGCAGUACUCUCUCGAUUCAGCACAGCAAGAACUUUCCCUUCAACUCAGUAAAGGGUAUCUCCAAUUUCCCCAAUUCCGAAACGAUCUCCGUUUCUUUUUAAACUACAUCGAUUGCCAUCUUCGGCAAGGCCGACUCCAAGAAGCCGAACGUGUGACUCGAGGGACGCUGGCUCAAAUCGACCACUUAGGAAGCAACGCGCAGCGCUAUUUGCCCAGCGUGGUCUAUCGCUUGGUUCGCAUUCUGCUGGUAAAUCAAGCGAUUCUCGUACCAACCCAAGUGGAAGGAAGAGUGGAAAUGGUGCAGCUUUGGCCGAUCGAAACUGUAGCGCAAAUCGUCGAGGAAAUGAAACGGUUUCUGCUGAAUGAUGUAUCGCGCGAUAGCGAUACUUUGGAGCGAAAGCUGGCGUAUUUGAUGAGUAUUGAAAGCGAUCGAUUGAAGGCAACGGAGUUCGCAGAGGCUUCAGGUGAGAGGGCGUUGAUCAAAGAUUCAUUCAGAGGUGUAUUGUGUGUUUGGAGACAUCGCAGCGCUUUCGAUGAUCGUCGCGUAUGCAAGUCGAGGGCUUCCCGGACUUCUGGAUUCAAGAGAACUGAUUUUCCAUUUCCUAUCGAAUUCGGAGGAUGA